AUGCGCACAUAUUUAGCAAUUAUUUGUUUCGUUUUAUUCAUCUGUACAGUAACAGGUCGAUCUAUUGCAUCAUUUUCGGAUGAAGACGGUAGCAAUGAUAUAGAUCAAGCAUCAAAUCGUCGUUAUAUCAAUGAUGCUUUACGUUUCGAUCGUUUACAAAAAUUCCUAGGAGAAGACAAUAGCAAUGAUGAUGAUGAUGACGACAACAAAAUUGAUGCUCAAUUUUCACAAACAGAACAAGAAUCAGAUGGUGAAACGAAUGAAAAUGUUGAGGAUGACAAUUCAGCAGACGAUGAUCGAGAAAAACGUCAUAUGUUUAAUGAUGAAGAUACUGACAACAGUGAUGUCUCAAGUAACUCUGAUAACGACGAUGAAAAUAAACCAAAUGUUAAAAUUUUAAAUAGUGAAUCGGAGAGUAACGAUAUUUAUGAUCGAUUGAAUGAAGAUGCUGAAUAA